AUGAAUGUAACACCACGUAAUAGCAAGAUAUUCUCGGGACGACAAAGAAUUUUUUUGCCACAUCCACAGAGUAGUCGAGCAUCACUUAUUGCUGGAGCUAUCAAACACAAAUUCCAUCAUGAUUCUAAUCAACGUCAGAAUCUUAAUCCAAAUAUUCCACUGCUGAAAGCAAAACUCGCUGGAUAUUCAGAAGAAGAAUUAGAAGAAUAUCGCCAAGUCUUUAAUAUGUUUGAUACCGAUGGUAGUGGUGCAAUUGGCAUCGAUGAGUUGGAGAGCGCCAUGCGCAAUUUAGGUUUGCAGCCUGAAAAGAAUGAAUUAGAGCAAAUUAUUGAAGAAGUAGAUCAGAUGGGAAACCAUGAAAUAGAUUUUCAUGAAUUUUGUGAUGUAAUGAAACGAAUGAGUGAUAAAAAGAAUAGUUGGAAUGAUGUGGUACGAGAAUGCUUUGCUGUUUUUGAUAGAAGCGAAGUUGGCUUAAUAUCAAAAAAAGAUUUUCAAUAUAUCCUCGAAGAACUUGGUGAUAUUCGAGAUAAAGCAGUAGUUGACGAGAUUUUCGCUGAAGCUGACGUAGAUGGUGACGGUGUUUUAGACUAUGAUGAAUUCACAUUUAUGGUGCGCAAUUAUAUGGUUGAUGAAGAUUUAGCUAAUUGUAAAUUUCCAUAA